AUGGAGGCGCGCCGCGCCGCCGCUGCAGACAGCCUCGCGGCGCAGGCCGCCGCAGCAGCAGCCGACCCUGGGGCUACGCCGCCGCCGCAGCCGCCGCCGCAGCAGCAGCAGCAGCAGGCGGGGACGGGGGCGGGGCACGCCCUGGGGCCCAGCGUUUUUGCGGAAUACGCGGAGGUGCUUUUCCCAGUCAUUGUCGACCUCCUCCUCAGCACCGGGGGCGCUGGCAGCAACAGCAGCGGCGGCGGCGGCGGCAGCGGCGGCGGAGACAGGUUGGCUGGCGGCGGCGCCUGGACGGGGCCCAGGCCGGGGGCGGGGGCGGCGCCGGGCGUCCUGCAUUACGUGUGGCGCGAUGCGGCGCUGACUGUGCUGCGGUGGGACCGGCUGUUUGAAACGCCGCCAGGCUCCCGCUCCCGCCUGCUGCGGCCCGAGGUUCAGGCCAGCGCCGAGGCCUUCCUGCGCGCCAUGGUGGCCGCCGGCGGCGCUGCCGGCACCGAGGCGCGGCGCGCGCACGUGGGGGCGGCGAGCAUCAAGCUAGUGCACGCGUUCAUGGAGCGGUGGGGGCGCGCAGUGUGCAUCACCGGGGCGGAGCUGCUGCCAUACCUCGCCCCUCCCUCCCCCUCGGCAGCCCAGGGCGCCGCGGCGGCGGCGCCGCCGGGAUCGCGGGGGCGCGUCACGGGGCGCGACUACGCGCUGAGGGUGCUGGCGCUGGCGCUGGGGGCGGGGCAGCUGGGGGACAUCGCGCGGGCUGGACACCUUGGUGAGAGCUUUGUGGUGAAGGGCCGUUUUAUAAACAUAUAA